AUGACCUCGUCUCAGAAGAAGGCCGAAGUCGUCCUGGGAUGUGACAAUUACUUCCUCUGGGAAUUCGUCAUGCGAAUGACACUGGCGAGGAAAGGGCUACUGGCGCACGUGGAAAUGGUGAAGGACCCGGCGACGAUGACCGAGGCCUGGUUACUCAACGACAUGAAGGUGCUCGGUCUGAUUGCUCAAGGGGUUUCCGUGGAGCACUACACGAAGAUUCGGUCGGCGACCUCGGCCAUGCAGGCCUGGAACACGUUGCUCAAGUACUACAACAGAACAACGAUACACAACCGGGUGACAAUGACUCGUCGACUCCACGAGUUCAAGAAGGAGGAUGGGUCCACGAUGGCCAGGCACCUGGAUAAGUUUGAUGGGCUCAUCGUGGGGCUGCAAACACUCGGUGAGCCCCUGGGUGACAGCCGACAACUCAUCAUUCUGCUCAGCAGCUUGCCAGCUGAGUAUGAGUUGAUUGUAUCAAUAGUGGAGAACAUCAAGGACGUGACCCUGAUCGAGGCGAGGGAGAAGUUGCUCAAGGAGUAUGAGCGGCAGGAAAAGCAAGAGUCUUCGGAACAUGCACUGAAGCCUACGUCAUUUGGCGGCAAGGGAAAGAACGGAAAGUUCGGCAAGGUUGGAAAGCGAUACGCCGGCAAGGGUAACGGCUCACGAAGACUCGAUCGCGGUAUGAGCGUGGAGUUCCAGCGCAACUCGUGCAUCAUUUGGAACGAGUCCAAGGCAAUUGCUUCGGGGAAGAAAUAUGUCGAUAGCGAGUGGGAGCUUUGGUACGCUCGCAUGGGGUAUCUCAACGAAGACUCGUUGGAGAAGAUACGACAGGUUACCACCGGUAUGCCGAAGACUCGGCCGACGGUGAAGACGUUAUGUGGAGGAUGCAUGAAGGGCAAGCAGACGGUCACGCACUUCCCGUCACAGUCGCGGCCGACGACGCCACGCCCUCUGGAGCUGGUUCACACGGUUGUGAUGGGCCCGAUGAAGACGAAGUCUAAGGGCGGGGCCAGAUAUGUACUAGUCUUCGUGGAUGACUACUCGCGAUACGUCGUGACAUACUUCUUGAACAAGAAGAGUGAAGUUGCCAACACGUUCAAGCUGUUCUUGACCAUGUACGAGAACCAAUGGGGAGAGCGCAUCAAGUGUCUGCGCUCAGAUAACGGCAUCGAAUUUGUGAACAAGACAUGGACAAGAUUUGCCAGCAAUACGGCAUCAUACAUCAGAAGACCUCCCGAAGCGAAAAGCUUUAAGUGCAUGUUUCUAGGAUAUGCCGAAGACUCGAAGGGAUACCGAGUUUACGAUUUGGAGUCCAACAAGGUGAAGGUAUCCAGAUCGGUGAAGCUGGAUGAGCGUGAAGUCAAUGGCAUAUAUGAUACGACGACUGCAGAAGACUCGACAAUCAUCUAUGCGAGGAAAGACGUCGAAGGUUCGGCACUGACAGAGCGGACGGAACAACCUGCGGCAUAUGAACUAAUGGAUUCUGUGGAUGAAGAAGAAGUUGAAGAUGUGGAGAUGCAAGUGGAGUCCGAUUCAUCGCCCGGGCAGGAGCUAACUACAUACCGAAGAGUCGCGAGACCGACGAUGGAUGAGAAUAUGUCUUCGUCAGCAAAUAACGAUGACCCGGAGAAUGAUGACCACUUCUGGCCACCAUCACCCAAGCGACCAAGGUUUGACGAAGAUAGCCUGCUCGCCGAGGCAGUACUAGCGUAUGCUGCAGACAUCGGAAAUGCUGAUGAUGCGCCCACGACGUAUCAGCAGGCAAAGCAAAACAACGAGUCUUCGGAAUGGGCGGAAGCAAUGAACAUAGAGCUUAAGGCACAUGCGGACAAUGGGUCAUGGACGCUAGGGUUCAAGCAAAAAUUUGGAGUGGACUUCUUCGAAACCUACUCACCAGUUGCCAACAUGAACUCAAUCCGAGUUGUAUUGUCGGUAGUGGUGGCGUUGGAGUACGUGACGGAGCAGUUGGAUGCGGACACAGCUUUCUUGAAUAGCGAACUCAAGGAGCGUGUGUAUAUGGAGGUUCCGUACUGCAUCACCAACGACAAGAACAUGAUGUGCAGACUCGACAAGGCAAUCUACGGCUUGAAGCAGGCAGCGAGUGUUUGGCACAAGACAAUCCACUGA